UACCCGCAGCGAUGGUGCUAUCAUUUAUCCUCAUCCAGAAUCGCCAGGGCAAGACCCGUUUGGCGAAAUGGUAUGCGCCGUACAGUGAUGAAGAGAAAGUAAAAAUGAAGGGAGAGGUCCACCGCCUCAUCGCGCCGCGCGACCAAAAGCACCAGUCCAACUUCGUCGAGUUCCGCAACAUGUCCAAGAUCGUCUACCGGCGGUACGCGGGACUCUUCUUCUGCGCCUGUGUCGACACCAACGACAACGAGCUCGCGUACCUCGAGGCCAUACAUUUCUUCGUCGAGGUGCUGGAUGCAUUCUUCGGGAACGUGUGUGAGCUGGACUUGGUGUUUAAUUUUUAUAAGGUGUACGCUAUAUUGGACGAGGUGUUUUUGGCGGGGGAGAUCGAGGAGACGAGUAAACAGGUUGUUUUGACGAGACUGGCGCAUCUGGAUAAGUUGGAGUAGGUUGGCUUCAAGCACUUGACAGACUGCAAUGGACUGCUCUGUGCGAAUUGAUUGUGGGAUUCGGAGUUGGCAUCGACUACAACUCCUUCCGACGCGUACCGGCGAAAACACCUGCUGGUGCUCCAACAAGGUCAACCGAUCUGCGGUCACAGAUCUGAAACUGGACAUCAGGAACGAUUCGAGAUGACCGUGUCAAGCCUGGGGAUGCCAAUGGCUGGGGGUUCAAGAUAUGGAGUAUCUCGUGCGAACGUCACUCCAUCUCUCCCUACCCACCUUAAGCAGUAGCUAUAUUAAAGACUUGGAUGUAAAUGUACCGGAUCUCAAUGGUAUAUAAUUUUAUGGGUCUUAUCAAGAACGAAAAUGUACGACAAUCAAACUCAACUGUUUUCUCC